AUGGACAAUAGAAACACCCAGAUGUACAAAGAGGGUAGAACCAAGGCUCCAGGGACCCAGCCAAGUCCUGGCCUGAGGAUCACCAUAAAGAGGGCUGGUGUUGAGCCCAUCAUACCAGGAGUCAGCAAGGUCAUGUUUCUGGAUGCUUCGGAAGUGGGCAGCAGGAAGCAGCUCUCAUUAGCUUCAGGAGGGCCAGAGAAGGGGCCCAGACACAGAGAUGCAUUGGAGAAGGGGCCUUCAGAGCUCAGAACCCAGGAGCAGAGGCCUCCAGCAAGACCAGGGAAGAAACAGUCCUCUUGGGUCCCCCAGGAAGGGUCCCAGGAGCUGCAAGCAGGCCAGGAUCAGAGUGAGCUGGGGUUGCUGCCUUCCUGGGUUCCUGAAGUACCUGAAGGGCUGCAGCGGCUGGGCUCCGGAAAGGAGAUCAAGGGCCAGCAGAGGAGGCAAUGGAACCGGGGAACCGGGGAGGAUCAGCCUCCUGAGAGCUGCCAGGGCUCCAGAUAUCAAUCCACCCUCGGUCACCAGGCAGACAUGGCGCAGCCAGCAGAGCCUUGCUGCUGCUUGGCCAGCCGUGGCCAGCCACUGGGAGGCAAGCACCCCAAGGAGGCAGGUGUCCCACACAUCAGGCCACAGGAGGCUCCGCCAGAGCCCAGCCCAGGGGGACAUGGGAACAGCUCUCAGGAAGCAAUGCCCCCGAUGUCCAUCGUGACUCCAGAGGAAAAGACAGCCAACCCCUUCCUGCCAUCCAUGCCUGGACCUAAAAAAGCAAAAGAAGGGGGUGAGGCUGUGGAGACCCACCCAGCACCGGGGCCUCUUCCUCCACCAGAGGUGAGGGACAUUGGAGAGAGGGAGCCAGACCGUGCGCAGCAGCAGCCUCAGAAGCCCGCGGUGGGUGCAGGGACACAGAGCCUCAGGAACUUCCGGCAGGGCUUCAUGAAGUGCUUGCUGGAGGUGGAGAAAGUGGAGGCCUCCCAUCGGAGAGCCUCGAAGGCCCGGUCCCAGACAGCCCAGAAGUCCCCCAGGACCCUGACCCCGGUGCCCACCUCAGCCCCAAGCCUGCCUCAGACCCCUGCCUUGGUCCCUGCCAGUGGCCCAUCGUGGGCCUGGCUGCCAGCUCCUGGGCCAGAGCCUGCCCCCAUGGGAGCCCCGGUCCCCACCUCCAUGCCUUGCCCUGUCCUGCUGGGCCCUGCCCUGGACCUAGGUUGGAGAAGGAUGGAACUCUUGCAUCAGAGCAGCGAGAGAACCCUGAGCUACGCCAAGGCGCGGCAGGAGCAGGAAGAGCAGAGCCUCCGAAAGCUUUAUCAAAACCGGGAGAAGUCCGAGGAGCAACUGACCCUGAAGCAAGGGGAAGCCAACUCUGUGGAUGCACAGAGCCUGAAGAACAUCCUGCUCCUAAUGGGCUCCGAGGUCCCUGCCCACCCUACUCCUCUGGCCUCCACAGGAGAUGGUCAUGUGGACUUCAAAGACUUUGUGAUGACAGACACCAGGCGCUUCUUCUGCUCUGUGGAACAGAAUGCCCUGUCGGACAUGGCUCCCCACAACCCCCACACUCUAUUCUUUGCGAUCCUGUCCCUGCUGGUAGAGAUGCUGGCCUUACCAGAGGCAGUCUUAAAGGAAAUCACAAACUACUACAAGAAAAAGCUGAAGGAAGGCACCUGCAAGACCCAAGAGAUGGAAGUGACCACAGGCCGGCUGCAGUUGCAGAAGAAGCUUCCCUACAACCCCCAGCAAGAAGAGAGCUCAGAAGUCCCAGAAUGAAAGGUCCUCAGUAUCCUGAGCCGACUGAAGCAGCAGAACUCUGCUCCCAACCUGCAGAGCCCCUAUGCCCAGGUGCCCUGCAUCCCGCUCUGCCCGUGGCUGGACAAGAAGAUGGUCCGUAGGAAGCCGAGCAACCACUAUGCGCCAGACCAGUGCACACCCCCUGGCCUGGAUCCUGACAUCCGUAGCCCCUUCUUCCAGUCAGGAUCUCAAGGAAACAGGGAACACAACUCUGACAGCAGAAAGUGGCUCAGCUCUGUGCCGGCUCGAACCCACUGACCCUCUGGAGGCCUGACUCUAGGCAGCUGCUCAAGGCCUGCAGACAGAUGGGCCACCAAGCAGGAGCUGCUGCUGGGAUUUGCUUUUGUAGCCUGGUAAGCUAAUAAACAUCAAUAACUUCAGCCUCUGUACCUCUUGCCAAGAAAGGCCCUCAAGUUGUCACCCCAGCCACCACUGAGCUCUCAGAGUGCAGGGUUCUACCUCAAAGCCCUGCCCAGGGUUGGGGUUUCUGCUACAGGUGCCCCUGCACGCAAAGUCUUGACCUUCUGUACCUUCUCAAAGCGCAGGGCUAGGCCUCUCCUCAGGUGAGCGCUUCCCCCUCUGGACUGGGAGCCCCACAAAAGCAGCCGUUCUCUCUCCACUGGCUCUAAGACAGGCCCUGUGGAAGAACAGGAGGUGGCCUCUACCAUGCUCCCCCGACAGAGCCCAGGACCCAGGGCUCUCACUCUCUGGGAGCCCUAAGAGGGGUGGGUCCUUUCCCCUCAACCCACAUACCACCCAGCCUCGUAUUUUACCAAAGA